AUGCUCGAUAGAGGAAGCUAUGGUGUUGUUCGUAAAGGAAUGUGGCAUCAAAGGCUAGUUGCAGUCAAGGAGUUCAAGGAGUCUCAAGAUCUUCCAUCACGAGAACUGCCCGCAGUAUCAAGUAUACAGGCUGCUCCUCACAUUGUUCAAACCAUCAGCUACUACAAGGUUGACAAAAGCUGUACCCACUUGGUCAUGGAGGUAAUGAGGAUGGAUCUAAAAGAGUAUGCCAGCAAGAACAAAGGGCUCACGCUCUUGCAACUGGUCGAGAUGCUGCUCCAGAUUACCAAGGGCCUCGAGUUCCUGCAUGGGAAAAACAUUGUGUACAGAGACCUCAAGCCAGAAAACGUACUAAUCGAUUUCACUGAUGAGGACGAAGAGCAGCUUGUCCUGAAACUCACUGAUUUCGCCUGCCAUCGGGACGCCAAUAGCAGAGCUGGAGGCUCUGAUAUGUCGAUGUUCUUCUGA